AUGGCAUCAGAAGACACUGUCCACGGACUGGCGGAUGGCCAACUUCCUCCCCACCAAUUUAUUGCGAACACAGGCUAUGUCGACAGCGCGCCUACCAACCCCGCAGUUGGCAACCAAGGCACGAGCCUGCUCCAAGAAGAUGGCGAGGAGGACGAUGAAUACUACGAUGACAUCUUCGAAGAUGAACUUGAUGAAGACCUUGCACAAGAAGAUUUCAGCUCUGCAAAUCCGAACGAUUUCACAAAAUCAUACAACCGCCAGCGUCGGCUGAACGAGGUCAUGGCCGAUGCUAAUGCCCCCAAGUCAUCGUACCCAAAGACCAACCCGCAGAAGCCAAAGGCAAAUGUUCAUGCAGCCGUGGAUGACCAAAUCGUAUCACUGUCGAAACAUGCUGCUAAAAUCAAACUCGAUGAUCAGCAGUCUGGUUUUAAAGGGAAAGAUGGAAGGACCGUCGAUAAGAGCGAUCGUGCAACCUCGGAACAAGUGUUGGAUCCACGGACGAGAAUGAUUCUAUUACAGAUGAUCAACAGAAAUCUUGUAUCAGAGAUCAACGGUUGUCUGUCCACCGGAAAAGAAGCAAACGUAUAUCAUGCAGUCACAAUACGAGACGAGGAAGCUGCCGACGGCGUCGAGACUCUACAACGGGCAAUUAAAGUCUACAAGACCAGUAUAUUGGUAUUCAAAGACCGCGACAAAUAUGUUACUGGCGAGUUUCGUUUUCGCAAGGGUUAUGACAAAAGUAACAACCGCGCUAUGGUAAAGGUGUGGGCCGAAAAGGAGAUGCGAAACUUGCGGAGAAUACAUUCUGCUGGUAUCCCCAGUCCGGAGCCGCUGUACCUUCGACUCCAUGUCCUUGUGAUGGGAUUUCUUGGGAACUCACGGGGAAUACCAGCUCCUAGACUGAAGGAUGUAGAAUUUGACCUGCCCGAUCCGGAAGCGCGUUGGGAAGAAUUAUAUAUGGAGCUGGUCGGUUAUAUGCGUACCAUGUACCAAACAUGUCGGCUAGUACACGCUGAUCUAAGCGAGUACAAUAUACUGUACCACAAGAACAAACUCUACAUAAUUGACGUGAGUCAAAGUGUUGAACAUGACCAUCCACGCAGCUUAGAAUUCCUGCGGAUGGACAUAAAAAACGUCAGCGACUUUUUCAGGCGCAAGGGUGUAAACACCCUUUCUGAAAGGGUAGUUUUUGAAUUUAUUACAAGCAGCCAAGGUCCAGAGAUGGUGGCCGGUGACAACGAGUCAAUGAUUGUAGGGAUUCGAAAGCUCUUCGAACUCAGAGACCAAAAUAAUGGCGAAGAUAGUGUUGCAGAUGAUGUGGAUGCUGCUGUCUUUCGCCAGCAGUAUAUUCCACAGACCCUCGAACAAGUCUACGACGUGGAAAGAGAUGCUGAGAAAGUGAAAUUUGGUGAAAGCGAUGAUUUGGUCUACCGUAGCCUACUGGCUGAUAAAUCAAAGUCAUCAAAACAAGGGGACGCAACUACAGCAGGCCCUGAAGAAGAUGAUGAAUCUGACCAGAGUGGCGGUGUAUCUAUCUCAGACGGAUCCGAUGAAAGCGUUGAAGGAAGCGCCUCUGACAACGAGGAUCCUUUCGCCAAGAAGCCUCCUCGGGGUAAAAAGCAUGAGGAUAAGGAGGCCAAGCGUCAGCACAAACAGAAGGUGAAAGAGGAGAAGAGGGAGCAGAGGGCAAAAAAGAUGCCAAAGCAUCUGAAGAAAAAAAUAAUCAACUCUACAAAACGGAAGUAG